AUGUUUUAUCAUGUUCUGACAAGGGUUUCGUCGGGAGCAGCUGUUCUUCGUCGCUGUGUGGGUCAAAGUAUUCGUGUCCCGGUGCGGGGGCUGACUGACCCGGUUCAGAACGGUGUGCAGACGAGUUUGGACCCGUCUCUGCUGGAAGUGCUCGUGUGUCCUCUGUCCAAGAAGCCCCUCAGGUAUGAAGCUGAAACCAACGAACUGAUAAAUGACGAGCUUGGAAUUGCAUAUCCUGUCAUCGAUGGUAUCCCUAACAUGAUUCCCCAAGACGCCAGACUGAUUCAGAAAACACCAGAGACACCCUUAGCCAUGAUCGCUUUGCCUCUGCUGGUGGGGCUUGUCCCUUUCUUGUCCUUGUGUGGACUGUUUUACUCUGCUGCGGUGGAUGAGAACUUCCCUCAGGGCUGCACCAGUGGUAACAGUGUGUGUUUCUAUAGCCUGCUGCUCCCGGUCACCAUCCCAGUCUACGUCUUCUUCCACCUCUGGAGCUGGAUGGGCAUCAAACUCUUCAGACACAACUAG